AGCCAAGUGGCGUUUGCACCGACUCUCCUCCAGUCGUGUGUUUCCAUGGCUGCGCUGAGCAAGUCGUUGGAGGAGACCAUUCGCUGGCGCAGCUGCCAAGAGCUGCUCCAUCCGCGUAGUUGCCAGUGGGCGGCACUCGAAAAUGUCUGGCGCUUUGCCUGGUCCAACUCGAAGUAUUAUCUGCCAGUGGUCUUGCUGCAUUUGGGGAAGCACAGUAUCCCUUCGGGAGGUUCGGGAGGUGCUUGGUUGUCGUUAAACCUGCUGCUGGAUUCGUUGUGGUACUAUGCCCAACUGGUACUCGGCGGCGUGGCGAAUGCCAGCCUCAUAUCGAUCUCCAUGUGCAGCCUACGCAACCUGCUGGGAAAGUUCCACCUGUACACGUUGCUGUUCAUUCCGGCUGCCAUUGGGGGCAGCAUCUGCGCUUGCUUCCCCAGACGCGUGAGGCACCUCCAGCACACGGCCAUAUUUCAGUCACUCAUUGAGAGUCUUCUGCUUCAUUCCAAUCCGUUGGCCAGAGCCGUAACGCGUUCCCUGCCGCUGCAAGCUCUGAUCUUCAUGUGCUGCAGCGCCGUCAUCCUGGAGGGCAAACAGAGACGCUGGGGGCAUAGUGGCUUUUGGUUUCUAACGCCUGACGCUGCACCGACUGUGGAUGCUCUUCAUGGAAAGGGGUGCACACACCCUGAACUCGAUUGCCGUCUUUACGUAGUGCGUGGCAUACGCAACUAUCUAAUGAUUGGACUCGCUUUGGAUCUCUUCAGGGCCACUAUCAGCUGCACGAAGGCAGGCGAGUGGCGUUUGAGGCAUCUUAGUCUCCAGUCAACGGCCUGGCUGGGCUGCUACGUGGGCAUCUACAGGGUAAAGAACACACAUUUCGAUGCAUUCAAAUCAAGAGAUCAAUAUUUUCAGGCCGUUCUCUGCUAUCUACGACACGGGCCAGUGGUCAAGGACUCGGCCAGGCAUCUAUGGGCUGGCUUUCUUGGGGGCCUCAGCUACCUCCUCUACCCGAAACCGACCAUUUUAAGUUACGCCCUGCUAGAGGCCAUUCGCACACUGUGGGCAAGACACCAAGGAUCGAAGAAGGACUCAAAGAAGCGUCAGGGCUACGGCUACGGAGAUCUGGCGUUCCCCGUCGCUCUGGCCUACCUCAUUCACAACUACGUACUGCAGUCGCAGAGUGUGAGCGGACUGUCCGGCGUCAUCAUCGACAGUACUACAGCCAACUACGCAUUAAACAUCAGAAAGCGCCUAGCCCGCCUGUGUUGAAUCGAUUAGACUAUUGUUUUAUGUGCGUUCCGUUCAAAUACACUUUUCCAAUGUUUUGCAUAUUAA